AUGCCGUCCCAUGCACUUCACGAUGACUAUCCAUGGACAACCGCCGAUCUCCCAUUGGUGGUAUCGGCGCCCAUGAUGAAAAUCACAAUGGGUCGUCUGGCAGUCUCUGUGUCGGCGAACGGCGGGAUUGGGUUUCUGGCGGGCGGCUUCGACCUCUCUUCUCUGCUGCAGAACCUCUCCGAAGCAGCAGAAUAUGCAAAGUCCACAAACGUGCCCCUCCGUGACGGGUUACUCCCUAUCGGCGUGGGCAUCCAGAAUUGGGGUAGCUCCCUCGAACUGCUGGCCGAAGCCCUGGAGAAGCAUCCCGUCGCGGCGGUGUGGUUCUUCGCGCCCACGCACCUCAGCGAUCUCCUCGACUGGGCUAAAGCUGUCCGCCACCUGAGCAACGAGCGCACCAAGAUCUGGGUCCAGGUGGGCACGGUGGCCGAGGCGAUCGAAGUCGCCAAGACGACGAAACCGGACGUCUUGAUCGUGCAGGGCUCCGACUCGGGCGGCCACGGACUCGCGCAGAGGGCCAGUCUGCUCACGCUCCUUCCCGAAGUGAAGGACACCUUUGAGAGAGAAGGCAUCAACAUCCCCGUCCUCGCCGCCGGUGGCAUCAUGGACGGACGCGGCGCCGCGGCCGCGCUGGCCCUCGGUGCCGACGGCGUGUGUCUGGGCACACGGUUUCUCGCGUGCGACGAGGCCGUCAUCGCAAAGGGCUACCAGGACGAAGUGCUGCGCGUCACCGACGGCGGGACCAGCACCGUCUCGACCACCGUCUACGACGUCGUCAGAGGCAUCCGCGGCUGGCCUCAGGCGUACACGGGCCGCGGCGUCGCGAACCGCACCUACCUGGACGCGGUGCACGGCGGCAUGGGCGACGCGGAGAACGUCGAGCUCUACAAGCAGGCCAUGGAGAUGGGCGAUGCGGGCUGGGGCCCCGAAGGGAGAAUGACCACCUACGCGGGCACGGGCAUAGGAUUGGUUAAGGAGGUCAGGUCCGCGGGGGAUAUUGUGCGCAGCGUCCAGCGAGAGGCGGUUCAAGUCCUACAGAAGUCUGCCUCGAGAUACGGGAAAUGA